GAAAAAUUGUUUUCAUUUUUUUUUUUUAUAAAUAUUAGAAUAUUUAAAUAUAAAAAGUUAAUAAUAUUUUUAAUUAAUUACUACUAAAUGGUGAAAUAAUUUGUUAAACAUUUUUAAACUGAGUUUUCAGAAAAAAUUCUGUGAUAAAUUUAUGAAAAUUCAAAAGUUACUUUGUAUUUUUUUAGAUUGAAACUUCGAGUUCAUUUAUUUGACUAUUAUUGUUCAUUAUCCACGUAAGUUUUUUGAUGAAAUAUUAUGAAAAUGACCAACAGUAUAAAUAACUAUUAUACAGAGAAAAAUAUUAAAAAAGUAUCAUCAAAUUUACUCUAAAAACAAAUCAAAUGAACAUUUUUUUCUUAACCAAGAACAAAAUUAUCAUGAGAACUUAAUUGAAAACCAAUUUUCAAUGAAGAGUUAGAAAAAAAAUUAGUUAUUGAAAUCAUGUCAAUUGAUAACUUAACUCUCCAGUUAUGUGAUAUACAAGAUGAAUCAUGGGAAGUUGAAGAUAGUAUGAAUAAUUUAAAUCAUGACUAUCAAAAUGUUCAUGAAGUUAUUGAUAUGAGCGCUAAAGUAGUUAAUUUUGAUGAAUUAUUGAAUUGCAAUGAAAAUAUUGUUUCUAAAAAUGAAUCUUUAAAAUUAUCAUCAAAAAAUUGUCUAAGAAACAUCCAUCUAAGCUCCCAUAUUAAUGAAGAUUCAAAAACUAAAAAAAAAUUUAGCAAUUAUAAAGUAAAUGAGUUAGACUUUAAUUAUAGAAACAAUACAAUUUCAUAUGAUAUGGAUUGUCAUAAUUUAAAGGAAUCAGAAAUAAAUUGUUUGAAUAAUACUGAAAUAUCUUAUAUUAAAAAAGAGUUUGAAGUUACUUCAAUAGAUAAAAAUAAUUUAAAAAAUAAUAGAACUCAUGUAAAAAAUGAUUUGGAUGGACAUUCUGAAAACCCAAUUACAGAAGUUAAAGAACAGGAAAAUAUGUGUAAUUCAAUUAAAGUUAAGAUUGAAGGAAAUUCAGAAUUUUAUUGCAUUGGUAACAAAUUAUAUGAACUUGAAAAAAUGGAAACAGAAUCAAUGUUAGAAUCUAAUAGCAAAUCAAAGUAUAGUUUUUAUAAAAAUGGUGUAGAAUCUGAUGAUUUUUUAGGAAUAAAACAUGAGUUUGAUAAAAAAUCAAUUGAACAAACAAAAGAGGAAUUAACACAAGAAAACAUAGAAAAAUGUAUAAUCGAUGAAAAUUUAUAUUUUCAAGAAGAGCCGGAUAUUGUAGAUCCUGAUAUAAUGUACAACAUCGACUUAGAUCAACAUUUUAGAAAAAUGGAUUUUUUGCUACAACAAAUUUCAAAUACACCUGAUGAUCUUAGAGUAUUAGAUGAAUGUAUGCAAUUACCGCCCAUUCCUCAAAUAGAAUUUAGUACAAAAGUAUUCACUGAAAAAGAACGAUCAGCAUUUAAUGAAGGCAUAUCAGAGUGGGAAUAUGAAAUUGAUCGUGAAAAUUGGAAUAAAAUAAUGGUUAAAAGAGCAGCUGUCUUCACAGCUCAUGCAGGAUUCGAUUUAUCUUCUGAAGAAAGUUUGUAUGUUAUAGCCGAUAUUGCUACUGAUUAUAUAAAAAAAUUGGCUGGCAUAAUGAAAAAACAUUUUGAUUCUCAAAUCAAUAACUCAACAUUUAAUCUUUUCAAUCCUAUUGAAAGAAGUCUUUGUGAGGUUGGUGUUAAAGGCGGAGUUGUAGAAUUAAUUCAGCAUUAUAGGAAUGAUAUAUUUGGAAGGCGAAAUCGUUUACUUAUUAAGUGUAAUUAUUAUCAGGUAAUUAUUGAUCAGUUUAUUAAAAAAAAGUUAAUAGACACAGGAGUUGAUGUAGAAAAUAUUCCUGGUGAUAAUCUUGAUGUAAAACGAAUAACUAAUGAAACAGAAGUACGAAAUAAUAAUUUAUUUUUAGAAAAAUUGUCAUUUGAAUGUAUGAAGAAACCAAAUGAAAUAAUUCAUAAUUCUUCAUUUGAAAAACUAGGUGUUAUGAAUAAUACUGAUUUAGAGUCUAUGGAUAUGUCAAAUAAUAUGAACACCUCAGAAACUGGAAAUAAAUUUUGUAAUAUAUAUAAACCUAUAUCAUUGAUUAAACAUGAAACGAACACAGAUAUUUUAAAUAAAAACCUAUUUGAUUCAAAAGGAGUAUUUAAAAUAUUAAAUGUAACAAAAAAUAAUUUAAAGAAAAGUGAAGGUACAAAAGAUAAUGAUGAGCAAAUGUAUUUUGUAAAACAUGAUGAUCAAUUUGAUAUUCUAGAUAGUAAUAUUGACUAUUGUCAAAAACAAUUAAAUCUUUUGGAAUGGGGUGUUAAAGAAUUUGAAAAUUGCAAUUCUGAUUAUUCUGAUGAAGAUGACAUCAAUAAGUGUAAAGAUAAUUUAUAUCUAAAUCAAGGCGAUAAUAGAUCUUAUAAAAUAGAUGACAAAGUAAAUGAUGAUCUCUCUACCCAAUCAAUUGAUUCAAAAAGUAUUAAAAAUAUUUCUCAAUGUGAAAAAAAUGAUAUUCAAGAACCAACAAUAUCUUAUUCAAAAAAUACAUCAUUAUGUAAUAUAAAUUCUUUUAACACCAACUAUUCAAAUGUCACAAAUUUUGUUAACGAUUGUAACACUAAAUCAAGUAAUGAACCAUCAUUUCAGAGUUUAAAUAAUGAAAUUCAAAUGGUCACUACAUAUAACCCAAGGUUAAGCGAUUUCAAGCUAGAAGUAGAAAAUUGUACAUCAAAUUUUCAAGCUGUGGUCCAAAAAACAAACUCAGAAAUUAGUGUAAUAAUUGAUCAACAAAAAAAAAUUAUUUCAAAUUCUCCAAUUAAUAUUCUUAAUAGUGAUAUAAGUAUACAAACUAAUGAAUUAGGUUAGUAAAAUUAGUAAGUAUUUUGUAAAUUAAUUUGCAUACUAUCAAGUUGAAUAAUAUAAAAUAUAUAUAUUAUGUGAGAGUA